CCUGUGUGUGAUCGUGGCUGUGAGAAAUGGCGGAAUCUUCGACCCAAAGAGAGAAUUCUUUCACUUGUUCAGUUUGUCUGGAUCUAAUGAAGGAUCCAGUAGCCGUUCCAUGUGGACACACUUAUUGUCUGGGCUGCAUUAAAGGUUGCUGGGAUCAGGAAGAUGGUAAAGGCAUCUACAGCUGCCCCCAGUGCAGACAGACAUUUAGGCCAAGACCUAUUCUCAGUAGAAACAUUCUGAUUGCUGAAAUGGUGGAGGAAUUUAGGAAGACCAGAAUCCAAACUGAUGUUCCUGCUCACUGUUAUGCUGGACCUCGAGAUGUGGAGUGUGACGUCUGCACUGGGAGAAAACUCAAAGCUGUGAAGUCCUGUCUGGAAUGUCUGGUGUCAUACUGUGAAACUCACUUCAAAGUUCACAAUGAACUUUUUCCUGGACAACACUCUGUGAUUGAUGCCACAUGCCAGCUACAGGAAAGAAUCUGCUCUCACCAUAAGAAGGUUUUUGAAAUAUUUUGUCGAACCGAUCAGAGUUGUAUCUGCUAUCUGUGCACGAUGUACGAACAUAAAGGCCAUGACACAGUCACUGCUGCAGCAGAACGGACACACAAACAGAGGCAGUUGGGGCAGACCCAGAGAAGAUUCCAGCAGAUAAUCCAGGAGAGAGAGAAGGAGCUGCAGGAUCUGAGGAAGGCUGUGGAGACUCUCAAGAGCUCUGCACAGACAGCAGUGGAGGACAGUGAGAGGAUCUUUACUGAGAUGAUCUGCUCCAUUGAGAGAAGGUGCUCUGAGGUGAAAGAGCUGAUCAGAGAUCAGGAGAAGGCUGAGGUGAGUCGGGCUGAAGACCUCCUGAAACUACUGGAGCAGGAGAUUGCUGAGCUGAAGAGGAGAGAUGCUGAGCUGGAGCAGCUUUCACACACAGAGGAUCACAUCCAUUUCCUCAAGAAUGUCCUGUCAAUCAGAGACUCUCCUCGCUCUAAAGACUUACCCAGCAUGACCUUCAACCAAAGCUUCUCUUUUGAGGCUGUGAAGGAAUCUGUCUCUGGAGUGAAGGUGCAGCUGGAUGACAUCUUCAGGCAGGAAGUAGUCAGGAUAUCUGCUGCAGUAACGAAUAUCCAGAUCAUCCAGUCCUUAGAAUCUGAUCCUGAGCUCUUAGUCAGAAGAACAAACAGUAAGGAGAUGCUGCCACCAAACAUGUCUGAAGUCCAGGCUGUUUUUCCUGAACCAGCGACCAGAGAGGAGUUCUCACAGUGUAAGUUGGACAUAAAGACAUGCAAGCUAUCAGAAACACACACACACACACACACACACACACACACACACACACAACGUGCACACACACAUGCACACACAGGGAUACACUCACGUGCAUAGAAUCAUGAUCAUUAGCAAACCCACAUACAAAUUCAAACCUACAUUCAUUUAAACAUGUAUAACAUCACACACAGCGACAGACAACCACACACACACACACACACACACACACACACACACACACACAUUCAUUCUUUUGAAUAUACAGCCACUGGAACAUUUACACACUCAGGGCCUCAUUUACUAACAGGAUUGCGCCCAUUUCAGGCAUAAAAUA